CCUUUGGCGGGCAGCGUGGUGGUGGUGCGCAUGCGCUGGAUGCCCGCGGAUGCCCGGUUGUGUUCCACAGGCGGUGGUGGCAAUCGCAAAGGCAAGAGCAAGAAAUGGCGGCAGAUGCUUCAGUUCCCCCACAUCAGCCAGUGUGAGGAGCUGCGGCUCAACCUUGAGCGAGACUACCACAGCCUGUGUGAACGGCAGCCCAUUGGGCGCCUGCUUUUCCGGGAGUUCUGCGCCACGAGGCCCGAGCUGACCCGCUGCACUGCCUUUCUGGAUGGGGUGGCCGAGUACGAAGUGACCCCCGAUGACAAGAGGAAGGCAUGCGGGCGGCGGCUCAUGCAGAAUUUUCUGAGCCAUACGGGUCCUGACCUCAUCCCCGAGGUCCCUCGGCAGUUGGUCACUAAUUGUGCUCAGCGGCUGGAGCAGGGACCUUGUAAAGACCUCUUCCAGGAGCUGACCCGGCUGACCCAUGAGUACCUAAGCGUGGCCCCUUUUGCUGACUACCUCGAUAGCAUCUACUUCAAUCGUUUUCUGCAGUGGAAAUGGCUGGAAAGGAGGUGGGUGGCUUUUGACCCUGCCCUUCUCUCCUCCAGGGACCUGAAGCCGGAGAACAUCUUGCUGGAUGACCACGGCCACAUUCGCAUCUCUGACCUGGGGCUGGCUGUGCACGUGCCCGACGGUCAGACCAUCAAGGGUCGCGUGGGGACCGUGGGCUACAUGGCUCCAGAGGUGGUAAAGAACGAGCGGUACACGUUCAGCCCUGACUGGUGGGCGCUGGGCUGCCUGCUGUACGAGAUGAUCGCCGGCCAGUCGCCCUUCCAGCAGAGGAAGAAAAAGAUCAAGCGGGAGGAGGUGGAGAGGCUGGUCAAGGAGGUGCCCGAGGAAUAUUCGGAGCGCUUUUCCCCGCAAGCCCGCUCGCUCUGCUCCCAGCUCCUCAGCAAGGACCCUGCCGAGCGCCUGGGGUGUCGUGGGGGUGGCGCCCGAGAAGUGAAGGAACACCCCCUGUUCAAGAAACUGAACUUCAAGCGGCUGGGAGCGGGCAUGCUGGAACCUCCCUUUAAGCCAGAUCCCCAGGCUAUUUAUUGCAAAGACGUUCUGGAUAUUGAACAGUUCUCCACAGUGAAAGGCGUGGAGCUGGAGCCCACCGACCAGGAUUUCUACCAGAAGUUUGCCACCGGCAGUGUGCCCAUUCCCUGGCAGAAUGAGGUGCAGGCCUUGUACAGUGAUGGCUGGGACUGCUGUGUGGCUGACGUCACCGGUGUGGCUAACGGCGCCUGCUCUGCCUCUCUCCUUCCAUGUCUCCCUGCCCCCUCUAGGAUUGCUGUGGAAACUGCAGCGACAGCGAGGAGGAGCUCCCCACCCGCCUGUAGCCCCCAGGCCGAAGCCCCCGCCGGCGGCUGGCGGUAGCAGCUCUUUGCAGUGCUGUUUACAGUUUUGCACAGUGGUCUUCCCCCCAGCGUCUACUCAAGUCGUGGCCGGGGGAAACGUAGCCGGAGCCGUCCCGCCUCCUGUGUCCCCACCCCACCACCCCACCCCACAGCCCACGGCCUGGCUGGGUUUGGCAAGGCGUGGGGUCAUCCCUGGGACAAAGGUGCGUCCCUGCAGCUCUCCCGUGCGGAGCGCGGGGCUCUGUGUAUUUAUGUAUUUGUACGAAUGUAUAUAGCAACCAGAACCUUCUGGAUCUCAACAGGAAGGUGGCACCCCGGCCUCAGGCCUCAGCUCCCCCGCCACCCCCUCCCCUCGGGGUGGGGGGGGGGGCAGCCAGCCUUCAUUGGGAGAGCUAGAGCUGGGGGCAAGAACCACUGCCAAACUUGGGGUUUCUCAGGCCCAGCCUGGAUGGACUGAGGCGUAGCCAGGACGCACCCCUGAAUCCCCAGCACGGUACGGGGCCAGGACUGACCUCGAGACUCGCACCUGCCCUUGCUGCUUCGGAUUCAGGCCACCUCCUGGGGCCCAGUGCUGCACAUGUGUCAGAGCUGGAGUUCAGGUGUCUGGGUCUCUUACGCCUGUGCUAACACGUGACCAGAGCGAUCGGGUGGACUGGAGGACCCAUCGGACCACUGCCCAAGAUGCCCCUCCGCCUCUCAACUCCUAGGACACCUUGUUCUGUAGGCUGCUGGGCCUCUUCCUGAAGACAUCGCUCAGUAAUGUCCCGGUCCAGGCCAUCGGAAGGGGAAACGGUGUCCCUGGCCCAUGCUCUCCAACAUUCCAGAAUAUUCCUUCAUUAACAGUAGACACACGU